GGUGUUUAGAAGUUUUUUGACGUUUCAAAUUUGACUAGUGCCUUGCAAUAAAAACGUUGUAGCUAAAAUUUCAAAAUUUGAUUUAUCACCAAAAUAUUAUGGCUGGUAGAGGACGUGGUGGCAAAACUGGUACAUUAACCCAGGACCAAAUAAAUAAAAUGGGUAUUGGUACAGAAAUGCCUAUUCAAACUGCUCCACCACCAACAUAUCCACAACUACUAUCGAAGCCAGUGACAAUGGAAAUAACAUCUGCGCAAAGUUAUCAAAUAUUGUGGAAGGAAGACUUUCUAAAUCACAUGCGUGAUUCACCUUACUUUUUAUUACCAAAAGUAAACACAAAACUGAACAUGCAACGACAGGUGGAUCAGCUGGUGGCAGCACUUGAGGAUUCCAAAAUGAAAACAAAACCAGAUUUUAAUUGGCAAUUAUUGCCACCUGAAUUACAUCUUACGGGAAAAAGACGUAUAGCUUCUGCUGACAAAAAUGUACCAACUAAAAAACUAAAAACAGAAAAUAUUGAAGAUCGUCUAAAAUUACUCGAAGAAAAAGAGCGUACUGAAGGUGAUAAAGAUUUGUUAGACAAAGCUAACUCUGAAUCAGAAGUGGAAGAUGAAGAGGAGGUUGCUGCAGAUGAAGAAAUGGAUGAUGAAAACGACUAUGGAAAUAGUUAUUUUGAUAAUGGAGAAGCAUACAAUGAAGAGGACGAUAAUUUAGAUGAUGGACCUGUCUAUUAAGUACGUAAUAGUUUAUAAAGUAAUAUAUAAGUAAAAACUCUAUAACUAGAAAAA